UAAAAAAAUUGAACACUUUUAUACUUCGGACACAGAUAGACAGAUUUAAUCAGUUAAUUCAUUGUUACUAGUAACUAAAUAAUCCCCUUCUUUUAAGAGAGGAGAUGGAUGAUAACCAAGAGAGAAAAAUGACAAGAAGGAGCAGAGAGGGAGAAGGUGUAGAGGAGACUUUGAAGGAUAGAUGUUUUCGUUUAAACGACCAUUCAAUUUAAUUGUACCAUUUAAAUUGUAUUUUUCAAGUUGCUCAAUAUCCGUUAAUGUUAGAAGGAUGAGUUCAUUUUUACCCAGUGACUAUAGUAUUGAUAGAUACAACGGUGUGAAUAUUGACCUGGAUAAAGUUUCUCAAUCGAUGCCCGAUGCAACUCAGGACUCUGCAAUUUUCCUCAAACUUCUCAAUGAUUCAUUGAAAGAAUGGCAUGAUAAAGGAUACCGAGCAAUUUGGUUUACUGUCAAGUUAGCUAAUUCCAAUUUAGUUCCUCUUCUCGUUAAGACUGGGUUUGAUUAUCACCAUGCAAAAUCAGGAUAUGUGACGUUGGUUAAAUGGAUUAGUAAAGAUGAACCCAAUAAUAUUCCAGCUUAUCCCUACACUAACAUUGGCGUUGGUGGACUUGUUAUGAACAGUAAAGACGAAAUAUUGGUUGUCAAAGAAAGGUAUCAUCUUGGAUAUCCAUUUUGGAAAUAUCCUGGAGGAUAUGCUAAUCAAGGUGAAGAUUUUGGUGAAACUGCGGAAAGAGAGGUUUGGGAAGAGACUGGAAUAAAAACCUCAUUCGAAUCUGUCAUUGCGUUCAGACAUUCUCAUAGGUUCCAAUUUAAAUGCAGUGAUAUUUAUUUUGUUUGUAAGUUAAAGCCCGCUGAUGAAACGAACAUGACUCCUGUCAAAAAUCUUCACGAAAUUGCUGAUGUUUGCUGGAUGCAUCACAGUGAACUCUUGCCUCACCUAUCACCUUUCAAUGCAUUUAUAUUGAAACAUUUUAUGUCAAUUAGAAAACAAAAAUCUCAAUUGGUUUGUCAAAAGAUGGAUUCUCUAAUUGGUAAUGUUGAUGUUUAUUUUGUUGAAAAGGAUGGGUCAGAAUCUUGACCACAAAAAAUCAUAAUAUGACUAGUUGAGACCAUUGCUCUACAAACUUGGUUUGUUAAUUUUGUUCAAAAAUUUUAUUUUUCAUCAUGAAGUAGUUUUAGACAAUUUUUCAAUUAUUUCCAUUAAAAAUAUACAGAUUUACAAACUAAA